AGUCAUUUCCGCACCCCGGAUAUUAUAGUGGCGGCGGUUGUUAUGACAAUGUGACGUUUUUUUUUUGUUUGUUUGUUUUUGUUUGUUUCUUCUUUUAAUGCAUGUUGUAGCGAUCUUUUGAUAAAGUUUCCAUCAGUUGACAGAGUUGGAGUUUUCUUUCCAUGUCUUUGAAACUACAUUAAAUGGCCUCUAGUGCACACGAAGAGUUUGAACUCAGCCAGAAACAUGAAGAUAUACUGGGGAAAAGAGCAUUAGUGCUGCAGCAGAUGGAAGCACACUAUGAACAGCAGAAGGCUAAGAAGAAACAGCAGUGUCUGAUGUCUCAAGCAGCGAAGGAGAGGAAUGCUCAGAUCCUUAAGGAUUUUCAGAAUGCUGAAAAAAAUCUUCAAACCAGACAGCUCCUUCAUCCAGAUAUUAUUAACCUUGAGACUCUUUAUUGGGCCUCAGUUGAACAGAAACUACCAGAAUGGGAGCAGUAUUUGCUUGGGAAAGGACAACCGCCGGUGAGUGAGACUGGGAGGUUGCUUAGGCAGCAGAGACAGAAAACUAGACAACAAGAUCCCUCACCUGUACAAUGCAAGGGUAAACCCCCUCGACCAAAACCUAGAUGACCUGUAAAUAAACACAAUUUAGGAGUUUUUGCCCCAUUUUUUUUUUUUUUUUUUUUUUUUUUUUGCUGUAUACUGUACAUUUUAUUUAAAUAUUAUAUAUGCAAAAACAGAAUAAAUGUAUUCAUUGAAUGUUGUAUUAAGAUUUGCAUACAUAAGUACAUCCACAUGGGGGCAAUACUGACUACAUUUUCUGUAACUACUCCACUAGCUUGUCUUCUUUGUAUAUAUAUAAAAAGGAUGUAUAUAAAUGAAUGAAUCAAUUGUAAAGGGAAAAAAAUCAGCUGUGAUUUGUUAUAAACUAUGCAAUGAAGUAAAAAAAAAAUCAUUUUUUGCCCAUUAUAAUA